AUCCGUUGAGCGCCCACUCUUCAUUUCGGUCACCACUGCUACUCAAACCUCCAAAUGUCUCAGUUUUCCAAUUUUCACCAAUUUUACCGUUAAUAUACUUUGUCAUCUUUAUGAAAUCUCAAAUCUUCUUAGUCUCAUUAUUCACACACUACACACAUUAACGGCGCUCGACAAUUUCGCCGGAAAUAAUGGCGGUUUCCGGCAAGUCCUCCGGCGAGAACCAGACCUCCGAAAACUCCCCUUCCAGUUUUUUCGCUUACAGAACCCCAAUUCUUGGACAAAAACUCUACGUCGUUAUUAUCGCUACCGCCGUCAUUAUGCUUUUCAUUUUCUUUUUAAUUUUCCUUUUCCUUCGUUGGAAUCGGAACUCGAAACGGCGCCGCGUUGGUAUGAAACACAGUUCAGGUUUACUGCCUCUGGUUCGUGAUGAGAUCACGGAAGUCAAAAGCUCGGAUCACGCUCAAAUAAAUACAGUCGGUGUAAAAAACAAAGCGUUUUUUAUACAGACUGUGGUGAAAGGUAUUGUAAUCGAGUCCGAGGGCAAAAAGGGAAGUUCGGAGAGCAAUGAGUCUAGUACAAGUCGGAGCGAGUCCUCCUCUGCUAUGUCGGCUUCCACUGACGGGCUGAGUAACAUUGGGUGGGGUCGAUGGUACAGUUUGAAGGAGCUGGAAAUCGCAACAAAUCAAUUUUCGGAUGAUAAUGUGAUUGGUGAAGGAGGCUAUGGCAUCGUUUACAGAGGCGUUUUGCAUGAUGGCUCUGUUGUUGCCGUGAAAAAUCUCCUAAACAACAAGGGUCAGGCAGAGAAGGAGUUUAAGGUGGAAGUUGAAGCCAUUGGAAAGGUAAGACACAAGAACCUUGUGGGCCUGAUGGGUUAUUGUGCAGAAGGUGCUCAAAGGUUGCUAGUUUACGAAUACAUUGAUAAUGGCAAUUUGGAGCAGUGGUUACAUGGUGAUGUGGGGACUGUUAGCCCUUUGACUUGGGAGAUCAGGAUGAAAAUUGCCAUUGGGACAGCAAGAGGACUGGCAUACUUGCAUGAAGGAUUGGAGCCCAAAGUUGUGCAUCGUGAUGUGAAGUCUAGCAACAUUCUUCUAGACAGGAAAUGGAACCCGAAAGUAUCUGAUUUUGGCCUUGCCAAACUGCUAGGAUCUGAGAAAAGCCAUGUUACAACACGAGUGAUGGGCACAUUUGGAUAUGUCUCCCCUGACUAUGCAAGUACUGGAAUGCUUAAUGAGGGGAAUGAUGUGUACAGUUUUGGAGUUCUUCUCAUGGAAAUAAUUACUGGAAGGAGCCCUGUCGACUAUUCCAGACCACCUGGGGAGAUGAACUUGAUUGAAUGGUUCAAAGGGAUGGUAGGCAGUCGUCGAGGUGAAGAGUUGGUCGACCCUCUCAUUGAAAUUCCUCCUCCUCCCAGAACUUUGAAGAGAGUACUUCUGGUUUGCCUUCGCUGUAUAGAUUUGGAUGCCAGCAAGCGUCCAAAGAUGGGGCAAAUUGUUCACAUGCUUGAGGCGGAUGAUUUUUCGUACCGUGUGGAACCACGGUCUGCUCGUGAGACAGCUUCUUUGCAUCCCCUAGCAAAUGGCAACAAAGGAAUUGGUGAUUGAUGAUGGAUCUAGGUGGAUGGUAUCUGUCAAUGUGCAUCAAAAGGUAUUAACUGGUUUUGAUUGUCUAUUUUAUCCAGAUUAGCAAAAGAUAAUAUUGAAAUUCUACCGUCAAGAGAUAUUUUUGGUUCUUAUUUUGCAUCCGUCCUGUCACAGUCUUUCUAUGGAGUUUUGUAAAUAUUUCUACUCGACAUUAAUAAUAUCAAAUUUUUUUUUCA